CCCGAUUACCCCCCCGAAAGAACCAAAAAAGUAUGUCAUCCAAUCCGCAAUAAAAAUAUAAACAGAAGGAGAAAUCCCUGUUUAUCGGAGAAAUAGGAAAUGUUUAUCAGUUCGAUUGUGUAAAUAUGAAGUGAAUAUAAACAGGAGUUUUGUUCAGUUAAACAUUUAACAUUUUUAUCAAUAGAUGUACAAAAGUUCAAUAACACAAAAUGAAAAUACGAGAUUUUAUCAAAUCGUUUGGAAUUCGAAAAGGAAGACAAAUUUCGACGACCAAUUUGGUUUCUUUUGAAGCGUUCUACGAUGAUAGGGGUAACAAAUUUCCCGAUAUAAAAGAGUCUUGCACAAAGUCCAAUCCGUCCCAGAAUGAAGAAUACAUUGGUGGUUAUGUACGUUUUAAAGAGACAAGUGAGGUGAAACCAGUAUUCCGUCCUAGUCUCCCUAUAAUACUGGUGAUUUUCAUCCUAAUAUCUGUUUUUAUAAUACUACCGAUAAUAUAUCUAGUUAAUUGCUUUAGAUUCACUUUUGACAAUCAAGAUUUUUACCAUCGUAAUGCUCCAGCUAUCUACAGUGAUACAAGUACUAAAGAGCCUAAAGAUCAAACCACCAAAAGACCUUGGAAGUUGCACGAUCUACCAGUUCCUCCAGCACCUGAUUACAACCAAUGCAAAUUAUUAACUGACUUAGACAAAUUCGAUUGUUUUCCAGAAGAUGGCGCCAACGCUGAGAAAUGUGAAGCUAGGGGAUGUUGCUGGAUUCCGAGAAACAAAUCUGUAUUAUCGCAGGCUCCGCUUGAUGUGCCGUACUGUUUUUAUCCUCCAAAUUAUAAUACUUAUAAAGUGGUUAAUGUUACAGAGACCAGUUUUGGUCUUAUAGCCUUUUGGAGGAGACAGUAUAGGACGGCAUAUCCUGAUGACGUCGAUGAAUUGAAGAUGAUUGUUAAGUAUGAAACAGAAACAAGAUUACGUGUAAAGUUUGUAGAUCCAAGUAGCUUCAGAUUUGAACCACCUUACCCAGAGGUACCAAUCGUUGAUAAGGCAUCAUUAGCCUUGUCCUAUAUUAUCCAAAUCAACACGUUCAAAUCUGGAUUUAAGGUCUUGAGAAAAAGUGACAACGUUACAAUAUUUGACUCAAAUAACUUCCUAAACUUAAUCUAUUCAAAUCAAAUGCUACAAAUAAGUUCAAAAUUGCCUUCAAAAUAUAUUUAUGGUAUUGGAGAGCACAGAUCAAAUCUUCUAUUGUCAACAGAAUGGUCCAAAUUUACACUAUUCAACCAUGAUAUGGUUCCUACAGAUAACAAAAAUCUAUAUGGAAGCCAUCCUUUUUACUUAAUGAUUGAGAAUUCCACAAAAAGUCAUGGAGUAUUUUUGCUUAAUAGUAAUGCAAUGGAUGUCAUCUUACAACCGACUCCUGCAAUCACAUUCAGAACAAUCGGAGGGAUCUUUGACUUCUAUUUCUUCUUGGGACCAACACCCAGCGACGUCAUCAGUCAAUAUACCGAUCUAAUCGGUAGACCUUACAUGCCUCCGUAUUGGGGUCUGGGAUUCCACUUGUGCAGAUUCGGCUACAAAACUUUGAACAAUACUAGACACGUCAUGCAGAGGAAUAUUGAUGCUGGAAUACCAUUGGAUACCCAGUGGAACGAUCUGGACUAUAUGAAUGACAGCAACGAUUUUACAUACAAUCAAGUAAAUUUUAAAGACUUACCAAGUUUUGUAAGAGAGUUGCAUUCGAGAGGAAUGCAUUACAUACCUCUAAUUGAUCCAGGUGUUAGUGCCAGUGAAAAACCAGGUACCUAUCCACCCUAUGAUGUAGGAAUAGAAAUGGAUAUCUUCAUCAAGAACUCGAGUGGACAGCCUUUCGUAGGAAAGGUGUGGAACAGAGUUUCUACCGUAUGGCCCGACUUUACCAAUCCCAAUGUCGUAGACUACUGGACCUUGAUGUUGAAGAACUUACACAAAGAAAUCCAAUUUGACGGUGCUUGGAUCGACAUGAACGAACCUUCCAAUUUUCUGUCGGGCGCGUUCAACGGCUGCCCCAACUCGACCCUGGAAACGCCGCCAUACUUUCCUGACAUUGACGGUGGCGUGAUCAACUACAAAACUGUGUGUAUGAGUGCUAAGCAAUACGCCGGCUUACAUUACAAUGUCCACAAUUUGUAUGGAUUAACAGAAGCGAUAGUUACUAAUUUUGCAUUAGCAGAAAUCCGUGGCAAAAGACCGAUGGUAAUAUCACGUUCAUCAUUUUCUGGACUCGGCCAUUAUGCAGGACAUUGGAGUGGAGAUGUGUGGUCUUCUUGGGACGAUUUGAAAUUUUCCGUACCAACAAUCUUGUCCUUUAGUUUGUAUGGUGUUCCUUUGAUGGGAGCCGACAUAUGUGGAUUUAAUGGAAACUCCACCGCCCCAUUAUGUAAUAGAUGGAUGCAACUAGGAGCGUUCUAUCCAUUUUCUAGAAACCAUAAUACCGACGAUGGAAUUGAUCAGGAUCCGGUUGCAUUUGGACCACAAGUUGUCGCCUCUUCUGUAAAAGCGCUGACGGCGAGGUAUUAUCUCUUACCUUAUUUAUACACUUUGUUCCACAAGGCGCAUGUAACUGGAGAAACUGUAGCAAGACCUCUAUUUUUUGAGUUUCCUCAAGAUAAAAAUACGUAUGGAAUUGAUACUCACUUUUUAUGGGGUUCUGAUUUACUAAUUGUUCCGGUAUUAAAGGAAAACGAUGUAAAUGUAACUGCGUAUAUUCCUAAAGGCAACUGGUAUAACUUUUACACCCUCGAAGGAUUUUAUAGCAAAGGCGAAAAUUUCACUCUUGAUGCUCCUCUGGACACGAUUCCGUUGUUGGUUAGAGGUGGGGCAAUCGUUCCUUUGCAGAAGCCAAAAAAUACUACCACAGACUCCAGGAAGUCGAAACUUGAACUACUCAUAGCCAACGAUGAAAGGAAAUCUGCUUCAGGAGAUCUGUAUUGGGACGAUGGUGAUUCUCUGAAUUCUUACAAAGAAAAACAGUAUUCAUCCCUCAUGUUCGAACUAGAAGAAAACACCCUACGUUCCUACGCCACUUUCAUCGGAUCUGAAAUACCACCGAAUCUCGACAGAGUUGCUGUACUGGGAAUUGAAGACAGUGUGAAAGAAGUUGUGGUCAACGGUGCUAGUCAUAAAAAUUUCGAUUACAACUCUAAAAAUAAGUACUUAAAUAUCGACAAAUUGGAUAUACCUCUUCAAUCUCCUCUGGUUAUUUCGUGGAAAUAACUCAAAUAUUAUUAAAUAAGUAUAUUUAUUAUUUUUCUCUUGUAUUACUUACUCAUUUUAUUACCAUAUUUUAACUUUUAUUGUAGAAAUAGUCGGUAUAAUGUUUUUCUUGAAUGUAAGAACUUCAUUUUUAAUUCUUUUAAAACUUCUACUUUAAAAAAAUGGAGAUUUUUUAUGGGAAAUGGUAACUCGUUUGAAAUAAUUAAUAUUCUUUCAUUUAUUUAAAUAAAAAAAUAUAUAAGUUUAUGAUAAAAUUCAUGAUGACUAAUUCUGCGUUAUUUCCAAAAGGUGUAGUGUGUAGCUUUAUUAGGUUACCUAAUAUUAUAUCUAGUAUAUUCUACAUACUUAAUAUUAUAUAUAGUAUAGUGAACUCCCUGUGAGUUGUUCCAAAAUACGGUAAAUCAAUAUAUGAAAGGUCUUGUGAUUCUCUUUUUCAGUAUUAGAUGAUUGAAAAGCUGUUGCCUUCUUCUUCUUGCAGUACAGUCUCCUAUCGGAGGUUGACUACCAUCACAGCAAUCUUAACUUUGUUGGCUGCAGCUCUGAACAGUUGUAUUGAACUGCACCCGUACCACGCCCUUAAAUUUCGAAAAUACGUCCCACAUUUCUCUUUCUCGAUAUUUUUCCUUGGAUUAUGAGCCUUAGCAGGAAAUACUUUUCCCCUCUUAUUAUGUGGCCUAGAUAUUCCAAUUUUCUCGUUUUUAUGGUUUUUAUAUACAUCGCAUUCCUACCCCGUCUGCAGCAAAACAGCUUGAUUUGUUAGUCUCUCUGUCCAUGGUAUUUUCAAGGGUCUAGGACGUUUCAUCGCCGCCGUUUCGAUGCCGCCAGUUCGAUGCCGAUGCCGGCCGAUUCAUCGCCAGUCAAUUAAUCGCUAUCUGAUAUAUUUCCGAAUUUUCGACAGUUACAAUUAUUAGUUAUUUUUAGUAUUAAUUAGGAAUUCUAGGAAAUGCGAGAUAUGACGGCCAUGAAAUGGACUGGCGAUGAACCGGCGGCAUCGAAACGGCCGGCGAUGAACCGGCGGCAUCGAAACGUCCCAUUCCGUAUUUUCAACAUUCUCCUGUAGCACCACAUCUCGAAUGCCUCGAUGCUUUGAUGUUUAUCUUUUUUAGUGUCCAAGCUUCGAUGCCAUAGCACCUUAACAUUCUCAUUCUCAAUUUCAGAUUUAUGUCUCGGCAGCAUAGGAACUUUUUCAUUUUGAUAAAUGAUUGCUGUUGCCUACUAUCCCAAAAUUAACUUUACCGGACCUUUGAAAAACACGCAACACGGCUUCAAGAAAUAACAUUAUCAUCAAUAAAAAUGAUAAAAGCUCCAAGGAAUAACAUCAUCUCUGUAUUAUUUUCGCGUUCUUCCCAACUUUCCUCGAUAUUAUCGUUUUCCAAUAUUUCAUUCUCAGCAAAUUUUUCCGAUAUUGUUUUUCUGUAUAAGUAUUCCGUGGAUUCCGUAUUUAGUCCUUCGACUCUGAUUUUUGUUUGUGUUUGUGCCGCUCUCUUGGGUGUGAGGUUUUUCAUGAUGAUUAUGACUAUGGUCGCUACCUACAUCUGCUGAGUUGAGGCAUCUUACGUCCAUUAUUAUUUUUGAUGGAUGUAUAUCUCUGUUGGUUACAACAUAAUCUAUCAUAUAUAUUUGUCCACAGGUGUUAUUGAAUGUAUAUUUGUGUUGGUUUUUGUGGUAAACAAGGCGUUGUUUAUUCUAAUUUCGUUAUUCGUCAGAAGUUUAUUAUCAGUUCUCCUUCUUCAAGUUCAUUCUGGUAAUUAUAAUUUUGUUGGCUACGCGCCUGAAUAGUUCAGUUGAACUGCAUCCAAACCAUUCACGGAGAUUGCUUAGCCACGAGAUUUUAUGUCUUCCUAAGCUUGGAAUAAGCUAAAAAAUACCAUGGUGAACAAAAAGUUCACGAUAGUGAUACUAAAAUCGCAUGACAGAAUCAGUGUAAUAGAUUCAUUCAAUCCAUGUUUAAAAAAUACUGUACUAAAUCGAUAGGUAUUCAAGACUUUUUAACGAGCUAAUCCCGAUAAAAUAUCUCCUAUUUACUUCAACUCCUUAAUCUUACUGUGAAAUAGUUUCUAAAUAUGUAAAUGCUAUGAAUGCAAUACGCUCAAUUUGAGAAUCUUAUAGUUAUUAGAAGGACACAUAUUCAUGGGUCAAUCCAUGCCAAGUGGUCCAAUAUAAAUUAAGUGGGUUGCUUGACUAUUUUUAAUAUUUUUUAUUUUUCUACCUUUUAAACUUCAGUCUAUAGAGACUACAGAAUUCCAUUUAUUAUAUUUUUAAAUAAUUUAGUUUGCCGAUGACAGCCGUUUUUGUUCAAGCGUAUCGAUCAUUUUCACGGAAAACAUGGCUUCGCUCUUUAGCCAAUAUUUUCACUAAGGUUUGUCCUAGAACAAUAAAUCAAAAACCAAACUUUUUAGAAAAGUAUGCUCUAAAGACGGCCUAUGGCAAUAUUUAAUUUCAAACUACCCUUAAGGCCUUAAAUGAACCUCAAAGUUUGAAAAGGUAAACUGAUAAAAUUCCAUUUUCAGCAUUUUUUUAACAGCAAAAGGCAAGCCGAUAAUGGUUUGUAAUUUUUUUCUGCAAAAGACAUACGUAUAUACUUUAUAUUAAAAAAGUUUGAGCUUUGAGACUUGAGUAAUUUUUUUCAAAAACAAUCUCAAAAAUGUAAUUUUUUGAAAAAUCUCAAAGUUUGACCCCUUAUAUCUCUGAUGGGCAGGGAUGAAAAAAUUUGAAAUUUGGCUGAAUGUUAGCCCCUAGCAAGUAGAAUAAGGAGUAAAAAUUUGGAGUUGCAGACUUACCUCAUAUAGGAGUUACAGGCAUGAAAAAAUGGUCAAAAAUCAAAAUGGUCAAAAUUUGAGCGUUUGCGGGCAGGGUAAUUAAAAUUCAAAUAAACUGUCUAAUGAAAUAAAAAUUAAUGUAUUUUUACCAGAUUUCGCAAUGAAUACAAAUCUAUAUUGGGUGGGCCAAAGAAAAGAGUUCACCUUGAUAUUUGGCAGUUAUUAGAUUUUAAGGGAAUGCCGAAACAGGUCGAUUUUUAUUUUGAAAUUACAAUUUUUUUAUAUAUAUUUCAUACGUCUCCAUGACGUGUCAUCGUCAGUGACGUCAUUCAUCUGGGCGUGAUGACGUAAUCGAUUAUUUUUUUAAUGGGAAUAGGGGUCGUAUGUUAUCUCAUUUGAAAGAGUGUUCAAUUCUCUGUUCAGUAGUAUAAACAAUAAUAUAAUUAUUUAUACAGGGUAGCCAAAAAAUAAUUUUUGAAUUAAAUUAAUUGACACAAAAAGAAGAAUGUAUGUAAUUUAUUUAACUCAAAAUACAUUUUAUUGCUGUCAUAAAAUAGAAAAAAAAAUAUUACUUUUCAAAUAAACAUUGCUUUUCGCUUAAAUUAAAUGUUCAAACUGUCAAGAGGUAGGUGGGAGGCUGUUGUGAUUUAAUUUAAGCAAAAAUAAAUAUUUAUUUGUGAAAUAAACAUUUUUUCUAUUUUCUGACAGCAGUAAAAUGUAUGUUUAGUUGCCACAAGACCCCUAUUCCCAUUUAAAAAAAGCAUCGAUUGCGUCAUCACGCUCUGAUGGAUGACGUCACGUAGUAUGAAAUAUAUCCCAAAAAGUUGCAAUAUAAUAAAAAUAAAUAUGGACUUAUUUCGGCAUUUCCUUAAAAUCUAAUAGGUAACUAUUGCCAAAUAUCGAGGUGAACUCUUUUCUUUAGCCCACCCUGUAUAAAUUUGCAUUCAUUGUGAAAUCUGGUGAAAAUACAUUAAUUUUUAUUUCAUUAGACAGUUUAUUUGAAUUUUAAUUACCCUGUCCGCAAACGCUCAAAUUUUGACCAUUUUGAUUUUUGACCAUUUUUUCAGGCCUGUAACUCCUUUAUGACGUAAGUCUGCAACUCCAAAUUUUUACUUCUUAUUCUACUUGCUAGGGGCUAACAUUCAGCCAAAUUUCAAAUUUUUUCAUCCGUGCCCAUCAGGGAUAUAAGGGGUCAAACUUUGAGAUUUUUCAAAAAAUUACAUUUUUGAGAUUUUUUUUGAAAAAAUUUACUCAAGUCUCAAAGCUCAAACUUUUUUUAUUUAAAGUAUGUACGUAUGUCUUUUCCAGAAAAAAAUUACAAACCAUUAUCGGCUUGCCUUAUGCUGUUAAAAAAAAUGCUGAAAAUGGAAUUUUAUCAGUUUACCUUUUCAAACUUUGAGGUUCAUUUAAAGCCUUAAGAGUAGUUUGAAAUUAAAUAAUGCUACAGGCAAUUUUUUAAAGCAUACUUUUCUUAAAAGUUUGGUUUUUGAUUUAUUGUUCUAGGACAAACCUCAGUAAAAAUAUUGGCUAUAGAGGGAAGCCAUGUUUUCCGUGAAAAUUAUCGACACGACACGCUUUAACAAAAAUGGCUGUCAUCGGCAAACUAAAUUUUUUAAAAAUAAAAUGAAUACAAUUUUGUACUCUCUAUAGACUAAAGUUUAAAAGGUAGAAAAAUAAAAAAUAUUAAAAAUAGUCAAGCAACCACCUUUGGACCACUUGGCUUGGAUUGACCCUGAUGCUUUGAUUCCUUCUUAGAGAAUAGGGAUUUUCAAAUCAUUAAAAACACUAUUUUAAAUAAUGUUUACAAAACUACAAUUAAUUUGAAUUAAUGUGAAUACAAUUAUUGAUCAUUUGAAAUAAACAACAUUCAUUAAUAGAUACUAGACGAAGAAAUAAACAUAAAUGAGUGCAAUUUCAUUUUUUUAUAGAACAUAUGGCCUCCCUUUUCUUUUAUAAUCUCUUUAUCGCGUUUUGGUAUAGAAUUAACGAAUAUGUUAUAGUGUUUCUUUUAUUUGCUGGCAAUGGAGCAAUGAUUCGAGAAUACAAAAAAAUAAAUAGGUACCAAAAACCUAUUUUUUAAAAACUCAAUCUUUCCAAUUGUUUUUUAUCUUUCGUACAGUGGAGUAAUGAACAAUAACUCCAGCGUGUGCUACGUUUUACUAAAAUUUUUGGAUUUUCUUAAUUAUUUUUAUUAUAUAGAUAUACAUAGAAUAAUUUUCUAAAUUAAUAAUACUUAGAAGGGAAAUAAAAAAUCAUCUCUUCCUUCUACAUUUUUAUUUUUCAUUUUAAUCUGUGUCUCUUUUUUAUUCAAAGUGUGUUUUUUUGUUUUUUAGUUAGCUGUUAAACUUGCGCCCCGUACUAAUAGAUCUCAAUGACGAAUGUUCACUUAAAGUAACAAUAUUUGUGCACAUUUUGAGAAUACCUACCAUCUUCUUCUUCUUCUUCCUUCUUGUAUGUAGGCUUUAAAGCCUGUUUCUUCUUCAAUGUUAGCCUCCUAAAUUGUUUAAAUUAUCGCACCAUCUUUUGAUUGGUCUACCAAUACUUCUCCGUCCAUUUGGUGACUUAUCUCGUGCUAUUCGUACUAUCCUAUCCUCUGCCAUUCUACUAAUGUGUUCGUUCCACUCCUGUUUCCGUUUUGUCAUCCAUCCAUUAAUGUCUUCUACAUUGCAUGAUCUUAUAUUUUCGCUUCUCUCCCUAUCCAACAGACUUUUCCCUGAUAUUCGUCGAAGUAUUUUCAUCUCUGUUGUUUCUAGUAGUCGUCUCGUUUUAGAUGUGUCAGGUCUUGUCUCCGCCGUGUAUGCCAAUAUAGGUCUAAUUGCUGCUUUAUAGAUUCCAAAAAUACCAUCUAUCUCCAAAAAUAAGAAGCAAAUAAAACGCUCUAAUAGGGCUUUUCAUUCACAGUCAUUUGUUUCGAGCUUCUGUCAUGUGUCGUAUAAUAUUAAGAUAUCUACGUCAUACGUCUUUGGUUUGUACUUAGGAAGGAGUCUGUCAUAUAUCAACAACACCUUAAAUUUCAAGCCGAAACGGCCAUCUUGAACGUCUGUGGAUGACUCAUAAGUUUUUGUCAACGAUGUAAAAGGUGUUUGUGUAUUGGAUCAGCUGUGUGCAUAGGCGUACCAUCUGGUAAAGCUCCUGUACAUUCAAUCAAAUAACUGAAGUUAUUAGUAUAAAAAAAUGUUAUUUAACUGACUUUUCAACAAAAUAUUUUAUUAAUACGUAUUUGCUCUUGAUCUACAGCUGUUUGUUUAACAUCAAAGAUGUAAUAAAAUCGUUAAGAAUUGCAUUUCUUCCCUCUUUCAAAGGUACGUCACUGGAGAUGGAAAGCAAAUCUGAUAGCUAGUCGCCAUUUGCGACCUCCUUCCCGGCUCAAGGUCAUUUUGCAUGUAGGUACUCCUUCCUUUGCAAGGUAGAUAUAUUAAUAUUAGACGACACAUGACAGAAGCUUGAAACAAAUGACAAUCGAUGAAAAACCCUACUCAGCUUACUUCAGCAAAAACACAAUUCUAAAAAAACAAAAAUGCAUCACGUGUGUAGCAUGAUAUUCGCUCUGAGCGUUAACAAAGUGUCAAAGCAAAAUCAACCGACCUGCUCAUGGUCGCGGUUUUUUGAAAUUUUAUCAGGACACUUUGUGUAUGUUUAAAUGAGACAUUUAAAAAAAAUGCCGUGUCCCGCUAGUGAUAUUAUGUAUUAAUAUAAACAGAAAAUAAAAACGCACUUAAUCUGAUAUAAAUUCUUCUAUUUCCAAUAUUGAUUAUCAGUUUGAUUUUGUAUACAUAACCUCACUAUCGCAGUUUAUGUCAAUAAAUCUUUAUUAACGAAAAAGAAAAUAUUUUUGUUGCACUAUAAAUUACAGUAUAAAUUAACAACUAAUGAAUUCUAACAAUUGUAUUCGGUUAUUAUCACUACAAAAUAAAAUAUUCAAGUUUAACAAAAUAAUCCCAUAAGACUCAAUGUUAAAACGUCCUGACAAAAUCUGACAGCGUGUCACGUGACUGUAAGUAGAGGGGAGACGCACGGAGCCAAUAAUGAAACCUAAAUUUAUUGUAUCAUGGUGUGUAGCUCAGUAUGUGUCACCGACUGUCACAACUUGUCACUACAUUGACAUAAACGUGUUGCCAACUGGUAAAAAAGUAAAAUUUUGAAAAAUAUGUGUUCACAUUAAUUCGCACAAUACUGUACUUACACGGUGUACGUUUACGUUUUCAUUUAAAUGUACUUUCUUAUACAAUAUAUACCUAUUGUUGAUAAGUGUAAACAAUUUACCACGUCAUAUUAAAGUUAAAGAAAUGUCUGUGUUAAGCCAAAGUUCUAUGUAAGUUCGUUAUCCAUUAGAUGCCAAAUUUUACGAAGAAAAUUAUUUAAAUGUUACCUCAUAGAUGCUAAAGUUAGUCUUAGAAUUAGAUAUAUGGAUAAGGUGAAAAUAUUGUGAUUUUAUUGCUCAAUGACAAUGUUUAAUUUUAACUAAAACGUUUGUGACUGGCUGUGUUGUCAAAUAAGGGACUAUUAUAAAUAGUGCUAUGAAGUGGUGCUUGCUUUUAAAUCUGCCAACUUAACUUAAAAUUUGUGCUAUACAUUUAGAGCAGAAUCGAAUCAAAAUAUUAAAUAGAGAAAUAGUAUGAAAGGAAUAAUCAAACAAUCAAUCAAAAAAGGUACAAUCCCGUUAAUAAAUUGAAUAAUAGUUUCAGCAUAUCGGUGCAAAACGUUUCAAUUAAUUCAGUGUAUAGAACAUUUAGUGUGCCCUAAUUUUUCACUCAACAAUUAUUAUUUUUUAUGUGAAAAAAACCAAAUUUUUCACUACUUCCUUUUUACUCAACGAUAAAACUCACCUCCAGUCAACCUGUCGAAAAAUUAGUUUCUCUUAACCCUCGUAAGCAGGUGCGGAGUGCAGCUGCAUCGCAGACUUUCUUUUUCGCACCUGUCUUUUUUGUUACUUUUUGUCCAUUUUUUUAUUCGCAUUAAAUUCAAUUCUAAAGGCAUUCCACCCAUUAUAGAUUUUAAAACUCUGCGUUUAAGGGCUUUUUUUGGAAAAGUGACUGUGGGGUAGAAAUGCACCCCGCAACCUCGUUAACAUUUGCCAUAAUAUUUUAAUACUUAUAAUUUUACAAGUGUGUUCUCGAGAGAUCUGACUAAUUUUACUAGAGAUUUAAUACACUCGGAAGCCUUUGUCAGUAACUAUCUCAAUCGAAUCUGCCAGGUGCCAGGACACGUGUAAGAAUUAUUUAUUUUGGUGGAUUCAGUGUAUAUUUUUCUUCAGUUUAUAAGUUUCCUCCCAAGUCUUGUUGAGUGUAGUAAAUUAGUGUGUACAAGUGACACUUCAAAUUUUUUAUUGAUAAGAGAACUAAGAUUGAGAAGAAGAACUAAGAUUUUAAUGGACAAUGAUGCUACGGAAUUUGACCAAAAAGUGCAUACCAAGAAAAUAGUGACGAGGAGAGUGAUAAAUAAUUGCUUCACGGGAGUGAAUCUGAUGAACUCCUAUUCGCGGUGUGCAAGUACUUGGAAAGGGAAACGAGAAACGACCGUGCGCGAGUCGCGGAGAAAUAUUGCAACUAUCUUAAAUAAUUCAUAUUGUCAAUUGAAAUUGUCAAAUUGACGUAUAUUUCAUACCUUCUGUCAUUGACGCAGAAAAAUUAUAUAUUGCUCCACAAUAUUGAUAUGAUAUGCAAUUAUUAUAUAAAGGUAAAUUUAAUUAAUUGUAUUUUGCUUGCAGUACUGCAUUUUAAUAACUGAUUUUAUUUACUACAUACAAUUGUUUACGUUUGCUAAACAUAACCUGCAUCUUAUUUUUUCUUCUUAUUAUUUUUUUGGACUAUGGUCUUGACAAUUAUCCAGCAACCAGGACUAAUAUAAUUGGCCAAUAUAAUUAAAAGUGCGAAUAAAAGUACAGAGCGUAGAAAUAGAGGUCGCUUUGCCGAACUUGCACGAUCCCAAUAAACCUGAAAUGAUACUUCAUUAUAACAAAACAAAAGGAGCUGUUGACGUAGUAGCCAAAUGGCACAACAAUACACAACACAGCGCAAAACACGCAGGUAGUUUUUUCACUAUUUACUUUAUUAUUUCAGCCAUAAAGGUUUUCAAAAUUUGGAAAAUAAAAAAUCCAAAUUACGAUGGGAAACAUUUGUAUGCAAGACAAAGUUUUUAUGAGACUUAGGGUGGGAAUUGGUAUAAGAAAAUGUUAUCUAGUCAUCAAAACACAAAUAAUAGCCUCAGUUACGUCAAAUGAUGAAAAUUGCAUAUUCUAUCCUGAAUUAGACGUUUCAGAUGUUCCUCCUGGGGCUAACAGAGUUGCGGGACCAUGUCGACAAGGUCGGUGCUACUUAUGCCAGAGAAAAAAAAGACUGAAAGUCCCGGCAUUACCCUAUUGUGUGUAAAAACUUUGUGUUGCUCACUCUGUAAAAAAUGUCAUGUGUUUGUCUUGCAACGAUAAUUAACUUUUUUAAGAAGAAAUAAGUAUUUUGUUUGUAAAAUGUUACUUCAUAGUAUAAUAAACAAGUUCUAAUUAUCUUUCAAAUGAAAUUUCCCGUUUACAUAUAAAAAAAUGGAUAUACGGAUAGGGUGCAAAUGCACCCUGCACUGUUUACAUAAGAAUCUAGGCACCGUCUUACGAGGGUUAGUAAAUAAAUCUAUCUCACUCUCUUCUCUAGGUAAACAGCAUUUUCUCUUACUUUAUCCCUACGUACGAUAAAACCCAUUAAAACAAUCAAAUAUAGCACUUAUUUGACAGCAGAGUUAUCUCUUUGAUAAUAUUCUCCAUCCAUCAUAAAAUAUUUUAAGUAGUAAAAAAUUUGUCAUGUGUGUGCGAAACGUAUAUGUCUAGAAAUUAAUGUCGGAAGUAAUGAUGUUCGAAACUUAUUUUUUGGAACCAGUGUAUACAUAUCGUAAAAUAACAAAAUAAAUUUUGUUCCAACGUGA